UGCCCGGCGUAACUGCCCUGCUGGUGCGUUUCAGGGAGAACGGCACAUGCAAUGCAGUGUGCGCUGCACUCUCGAGGAGCGAGCGAAAGGCAGUGUCAGCUGGGAUUCAGAAGCUCCUUGUUUUCAGAGGUUUAAGUCAGGCUUUCGCUGUUACUUUGUGUUUGAAGAUUUGGGGAUAUUGUUCAUUAUUUCUCAGUCCUGGCAGCUAAUCUCCUGACGCUGAGGAUGUAGGGUUCAUGAAACCAGAAAAUGUCAGGUCUGACCAAAAAAAAAGACAAACUCAACAACACACAGAGCUCUGUCUAUUCACAGAGGAGUUGGCAGGGCUGAGCGGUGGCAGACCAACUCCAAGCGGUACUGAGGGACGUGCCUGGAGUGGACAAAUCAUGCCAAUUGUCUGCGAGAGGGACCUAAAGCUAAACCCAAAAUGAAGAGAGAAAGGGAAGCCUUGUCCAGAGUCCCUAGUGCUCCAGGUUUCGUACACUUAGUGUGCCUUCUUCUAAUCCACCCAGGUCUACUGGAAGGCGUCAAUAUCACCAGCCCAGUUCUCCUCAUCCAUGGCACAGUUGGCAAACCUGCCCUGCUCUCGGUGAGGUACACCAGCACCAGCAGCGAUAAACCUGUGGUCAAAUGGCAGCUGAAGCGAGACAAGCCUACCACAGUGGUACAGUCCAUCGGCACCGAGAUCAUUGGCAACCUGCGCCCUGAUUACAAGGACCGGAUUAAAAUACUUGAGAAUGGCUCCCUGCUGAUCAGUCACCUGCAGCUGUCAGACGAGGGCACCUAUGAGGUGGAGAUCUCCAUCACAGAUGACACCUUUACCGGGGAGAAGAACAUUAACCUUACCGUGGACAUUCCAAUUUCAAAGCCUCAUGUUGUCCUUGCAUCAUCCACCGUGCUGGAGCUAAGUGAGUAUUUCACCCUGAACUGCUCCCACGAGAAUGGCACAAAGCCCACCUACACCUGGAUGAAGGACGGCAAGCCCCUCAGCAACGACUCACGGCUGCUUCUCUCCCACGAUCAGAAGGUGCUCACCAUCACAAGAGUCCUCAUGUCUGAUGAUGACAUUUACAGCUGUCUGGUAGAAAACCCCAUUAGUAGCGGGCGCAGCGUCCCGAUAAAGCUGACGGUGUAUAGAAGGAGCUCCCUCUACAUAAUCCUCUCCACUGGGGGCAUUUUCCUCCUCGUCACCUUGGUGACGGUCUGUGCCUGCUGGAAACCCUCCAAAAAAGACAAACAGAAGCUGGACAAGCAAAGCUCCUUCGAAUACAUGGAUCAGAAUGAAGAGCAUUUAAAGCACGAAGUUGAGAUUGUCCCCCGCAGCGGAGAACAUGAACGCAGGAAUCCAGUCGCUCUCUACAUCUUAAAGGACAAAGAUUCUCCGGAGGCGGACGAGGAUUCCCCUCCGGAUGCCAGAACCGCAGCCGAGCAAGGACCGCCCAGCUACUCCAGCUCUCCUCCUGGCAGAUCCCCAGGUCCCCCUGUUCGAUCGGCUCGCAGAUAUCACCGCUCCCCAGCCCGAUCUCCAGCCUCCUCCAGAACACACAAAUCCCCGCCCAGGUCCCCAGGCUCUCCGGUGCGCUCCCGGAGCGCUACACGCAUGCUGCGGACUGCUGGCGUUCAUAUCAUCCGGGAGCAGGAGGAGGCCAACUCUGUCGAAAUCAAAGCCUGAGGGCCUCCAGCUCAUGUGAACAGGAAGCUCCCGCUGCCUAGGAAUGUGUCUCUAGCAGGUGGCAGUGCGUUGGUUUCAGGCGUGUGUAUGGCCGCGUGUUCCGGGUGGUGAAUGGGGCCCAGGUACUGCCUGUAGAUAAAGGGGAAUCGCGUUGCUCCGCUGGCUGGAUGAGCCCAGUUUAAAAUUUACUGUAACCUCAAUGUUUAAGCUUCAGCGAGUUUAAAGACACUAAUUUGCUAUUUAACACUCUAGAGCAAUCCCAGGCAGCUCACUAAGGUUUGGCUUUCUGGGGUGUCAAACUAAUUCCCUCACACUUGAGAUCUGUCCCUACGCAGCUCUACCUGUGUAUGCGUGUGCGUGAGAACCUGUGCGUGUGUGUGUGCAGCUUAGCAUGAGUAGGCGUGUGUGAGCAGGCCUGCUUCCGAGUGUGACUGUCUGCCUGAAUGUGCCUCUCGGUGUGACAUUAUGUGAGCCUGUGGGCAAGUACAUUUGCACGUGAGCUUGCACACACGCCCCUGUGGGCUGAUGUCGGCGUGGAGCGUGUCUGUGGGCACACACGUGUGGCCAUGUCUCUGUGUGUGUGUGGAGGGGGUUGUCUGCAUGUGCUAAUCAUUGGCCGGGGCUCGCAGACAUUCACAAAGCAUUGCGGUGCUGGUUUCAGAGCUGUGGGAAGGGAACGGAGGCCUAGGACUGUCAGGACGCUGCUUGGUGAGUCGUUGCUCAUUUACAGAGCUUGCUGCGGGGCUGGAAGGCCCGGUAGAGUCAGCAUGUUGCUGAAGCUAGUCCAUGCUUGUGCCGGAGUUUGGCUUGAUGGCUGUUUUCAAUGGAGCCACCCGGUCACCGAAUGCCAGGGGUUGGGCUGUGCCACUUUCCCCUCAAGGCAAACACAGGAUGUGGACGUUAGGGUAGAUCACAUUCCAGACCAGGCCUUUGCACAGGGGCUUAGUCCAGAAAAGGACACGACCCCCCUCCAAGAAGCCGGUCAGUGAUGUCUGCGCUCCCCCUUACCUCCUUUUCUGCAUCCGAGUCACAGCAAGCUGGAUUUAAACAUGCCCCAAAUGAGCAGGACUCCAGAGACUCCUCUGGUGUGUGAGUGUGCCCCUCCAGCAGGCUGCAUGUGCACACGCACAGGCCGCUGACAAGAGCCGUCCCAGAAUUAAGCAUGCUCCGUCCUUCCAUGUGCCAGCAGCCUACAGCAGGCAGAACGAAAGGCCACUGGGUGGAGCUGACAGCCACAAAGAAGCUCACUGUGGGUUCCUGAUCAUUACAGGGGACCCCAGCCGCAGCGUACUUUAAAGCAGCCUCAGAUCUAAAUUUGCUGGCUGGCUGUGGCCCCAAGGGGGCACACACUAGCUGAGAAUAGCGAGUGCAGUAUGACCAGGGCUGCACAAGGGCCGGCGUAGGAGCUGGCUGUUCCAGUUGGGACCCCUCCCCGCACCUAUGCCAAGGGGACUCCUGCAGCUUUCCAGCCCUUUGCCCCACCAGACAGCGCAGAGGGCCCAAAACAGCUGCAUGAAGUCACUGCUUCAGCGAGCGCAGAUGUGAGUCCUGGCCCCACCAGGCCCCCAGCCUCAUCCCCUCUUUGCUUGGGCCAGCAGAGCCAGUCAGCUUUGCCAUCCCAGAAGGAGCUGCCCUCCACGGCACUGCCCCUUGGUGAAGCUACAGGUGCAGGCUGGCGUGUGACACCCUGCUGCCUGCAGGGUCAGCUCCACUGACUUCCUAUAGGGCAGCCCCCAGGCGGGGGGCGGGCGGAUGGGGGCCUUUCGAGGUCCCGGACUGGAACUCCAGGUCACUAGCACAGCUUGGGGUAUGUUCUCUUGCUGUGAAAUAGCUUUAUGUCCCGUCUCUGACAUAGAGCUGCAUGUUUCCUCACAGUCUGCUUGCUUCUAGCACGCUGGGCCUUGGGAUUUGCCUGACAGGUGUCUAGUUAGCCCGACUGCUGUCUUCCCUUUCCCCGCCAGCUCUGCCAUGUC